UUUCUGUUUAAUUUUGAGCGUUACCACAAUCUAGUUAAGCCCAUCAAUAUUCCGCAAGAUACCAUUUAAAGUGUUGAAUUAGUUAGGCAAUUAUCGAAGAUGAGCUGCAACGGUUGCCGUGCCCUCCGAAAAGGUUGCAGCGAGGAUUGCGUGCUGAGACAUUGUCUACAGUGGAUAGAGAAUCCACAAGCCCAGGCUCACGCCACACUAUUUGUCGCCAGGUUCUUUGGCCGUGCCACCCUCAUCUCUUUCCUUUCUUCAGUACCCACUAACCAAAGAUCUGGUAUGUUUCGGUCACUUUUGUAUGAAGCAGUGGGACGUGCAGUAAAUCCAGUGAACGGAGCAGUGGGGCUGCUAUGGAGUGGCAAGUGGAACCUCUGCCAGUUGGGGGUUGAGAAUGUUCUCCGAGGUGCCGCAUUGACUCCACUGCCCCAUCACUCAUCAAGGAAACUCUUUCCUCAUGUCAACGUCGCACAACCUCAUACACUCUUGGGAAGCUGUCAGCCACUGAUGAAUUCGGAGAUGACAACCUUGCCAAGUACCACAGGAGACACUGCCUCUCAAACGAAGCUCCUCACUCUUUUCUUCUGA